AUGAUAAUUAAACUAGAAAAAGGUGUCUUUGGUGUUGAUGUGGAUGGAAUGGAGUUGGUAUCAGUGCUGGAGGGAGAUUCAGUGACUCUAAAUUCUGGUCUUACUGAAAUGACGGAUGAUGAUCUGAUUCUGUGGAGGUUUGGAUCUGAAAAUACUUUAAUAGCUCAAAUCAAUGUAAUGGCCAGCAGCAUCACUAUAUAUGAUGAUGAUCUCGAUGAGAGAUUCAGAGACAGACUGAAGCUGGACAAACUGACUUUAUCUCUGACCAUCACAAACACCACAACUCAACAUGCUGGAGUUUAUCAACUAGAAAUACAUAGAGCGAAACUGUCAUCAAAAACAUUCAGUGUUUCUGUCUAUGCUCGUCUGCCUGUUCCUGUCAUCAGCAGAGACUGUUCUCCAUCAUCCUCAUCAUCAUCAUCACAGCAGAAUUGUUCAUUGCUGUGUUCAGUGGUGAAUGUGGGUCAUGUGACUCUCUCCUGGUACAAAGGAAACAGUUUAUUGUCCAGCAUCAGUGUGUCUGAUCUCAGCAUCAGUCUCUCUCUACCUCUGGAGGUGGAAUAUCAGGAUAAAAACAGCUACAGCUGUGUGCUCAACAAUCCCAUCAGCAACCAGACUCAACAUCUGGACAUCAGCAAACUAUGUCUCACAUGUUCAGAGGUUCACAUCCACUGUUGUGAUACAGUUGAAGCUGUGAUCCGAUUGGUCGUCGCUGCUCUGAUGGGCGUGGCUGCUGCUGCUGCUGUUGUUCUUCUGAUCAAUGACAUCAGAUCUACAAGAGGUUAA